CAUAAUCAUCUCUCUUGUUUCCUCUUUAAGAAAGGAAGAAAGAUCAAAGCUUCUAGGUUUUAUAAAAAGACAACAAGAUGGGUCUUGCCGGCUUCUUGAUUAUAUCUAUUCUCGUAGUAAUGACGUCACAUGUGAAUGGAUACGGUGGCGGUUGGGUUAACGCACACGCCACGUUCUACGGCGGCGGAGACGCCUCCGGCACAAUGGGAGGUGCUUGUGGGUACGGAAACCUUUAUAGCCAAGGAUACGGAACCAACACGGCGGCUCUAAGCACGGCUCUGUUCAACAACGGGCUAAGCUGUGGUGCUUGCUUCGAGAUAAGAUGCCAGAACGAUGGCAAAUGGUGUCUCCCUGGCUCAAUCGUCGUCACAGCGACUAACUUUUGCCCACCAAACAACGCUUUACCGAACAACGCAGGAGGUUGGUGUAACCCUCCUCAGCAGCAUUUCGAUCUCUCUCAGCCUGUCUUUCAACGCAUCGCUCAGUACAAAGCUGGCAUUGUCCCCGUCGCAUACAGAAGAGUGUCUUGCGUGAGAAGGGGAGGGAUAAGGUUUACGAUAAACGGACAUUCUUACUUCAACCUUGUUCUGAUUACAAACGUCGGAGGAGCCGGAGAUGUUCACUCGGUGUCUGUUAAAGGAUCAAGAACAGGAUGGCAAGCGAUGUCUAGAAACUGGGGACAAAACUGGCAGAGUAACUCUUACCUAAACGGACAAGCUCUCUCUUUCAAAGUCACAACCAGCGAUGGUCGGACCAUAGUCUCUAACAACGUUGCUUCUGCUAGCUGGUCCUUUGGCCAGACCUUCACCGGCGCACAGAUACGUUAGGAGAGGGGUGAUUUGGUAAAAAUCUCGUAUCAUUUGACUAUAAGUGAAAACAAGUGGUUCAUGUGUGUUUGUAUGUAGUAGAAAGUUUAGAAAGGGGGCAUAUUAGUAAUUUGGACGGCUCUUGUCUUAAAAGAAGUGGUGUUUCAAGUGUUUGAUUUUCCACAAGGCCUUGAUGACUACAUCUUUUGGGAACUUCUUUCUUUCUAUUAUUGGUAAGGUUUGUUUUAAGUUAUACUGAUGCAGAGGUGGAGUUAAGUUCCACCCGCUAGUUGUUAUUGUGUUUGUUUCUCCUCUUGAAGCGAGAGGGAGAGUUUCAGCUUUCAAGAAUUGGUAGAUUGUAUUAUGUUGUUAAGUCAUCAUCUAUGUUGUAAUUUUUCAAUUUUUACGAGUAAAGGAAUAUCGGAGAUUUGUUAUUUAACUUAAAUCGCCAUAUAUAAUCAAUAGAUUGGGGAAAAAGACAAUCG